AUGGAUACCGUCUCGCGUUCGGCUCGGUUUCGGGCGCCAAGCGCAGUUCAGCUCGUCUUUUCCGUCGUGUCCCAGAUCCAUGCGAUUCCUACCAAGCAUCGCGGCUGUCUUCUCGGGCGGUACCGUCAAACGACGACCGGCGGUGGGAACGCACUUCAAACAGCGCCUGGAUCUCGCCAACUCGGCACCGACGACGGCGAUCCAUCGGCAAGAGACUCUGGAGCUGCGAGCGCUGACCCAUGGUUUCCCGUGUCAAAUGCCAACACCUUGCGCGCUUCGGAUACCACAAGCACGCAGCAGGCGCGUCUUGCCCUGCUCAAGAAGAUUUUCAAACCAGCCGCCCACUUGCAGAAAGGCUCUGUCGAGUACGAAAGGCUGGCGCGCUCCGGACGGGUAUGGGAAGAUUACUUUAUGCCCGGCAACAGCCUCAAGAUGGGGUACGUCGAUGUGCAGCGGAAACUGACGGGCCUGCUGAGUGAAAUCGAUCACCUCAGAGGCAGACUGCCAGUGACGGGCCCUAGGGAAAACCCUGUGAAAGACUCGAUCCGCAAUUUCGAAAGCCUGCGUGGUGGUCUUGAACAAGUUUGCCUUGCCUCCACGCCCAGCAGCGAGCUUGCCAGACUUGUGACGGCGUGGACUGCUCCAAGAGGCGCAGGCGUCAUCGAGUCAGCCACGCAUGAGCUGCAGAACCACAUCAUCGCAUCGCAAUGGGUCGCAGAGAACGCGGCGGCCAAGGCUGGUAUAGCAGGACUGUGCGAAGUUGAAGUACGAGUCCUCGCCGUGGUGUCCGUCGUCAAUACAGACUCCGAGUCGGCCUAUGACACCUGGAGAACAGACUCGAAAAAGGCUGGCGGCAACUUGGUAUGGGGAUCGAAAGUCCCGCUGGGAGAGUACCGUGAUCUACCCAUCAGCGUACGCAGCAAUCGUCUUCGAAUCUUUCCGUACCCGCAAGAGGUCCCGGCUUGCAUGGAGAGGUUCUUCCAAUGGCGGAACCUGCAGCAUCGAGAGAAGGCGCUGCACCCGCUGAUUCUGGCUUGUCAGAUGACGGCUUACUAUGUUCUCGUUCAUCCGUUUCCCGAUGGCAACGGGCGUACCAGUCGCAUGGUUAAGCAGGAUUACCUGGCGCGUCAGGGCUACAGUCCCGUCGUCACCCGGGACUUGAAGCGGGAAGACUACCUGCGGAUGAUCGACGGCGCCGGCCAAGGCAAACCGGAGGAAUUCGUCAUAGCGGUGCUUGAGGCUCAACUGGCCGUAUUGCACCAGGCUUCCACGCGCCUCAAGAUGUAG